CGUAAUGGUAUGUACCAUACAUUACACCAUACCGUACAGUGCGGGGAUGUACGGUGUACGGUACCACAAGGAAUGAGGUAUUGCGAUGCGAUGCGAUGCCAUAACCAAACCAAGACGAAACUGCCACCUCCCGAACACCAAACAGGCAACCCUCCACGCCGGACUCGUUUCCAAGGGCCGGACCACCGCCCAACCACCACCCGCUAGCGCACGCAACACAAUGGACGUGAUCGUUCCGGGGCCAUCCAUACGGCCCUUCUGCGCCGCCAUCGGCUGCCUGUCCCGGAUCGGGAAGGAACUCUACAUCGACUUCGAUCCGAUCGAUGGAUUGUCGGUUCGUUCCCUGAACGAUUCCAAGUCCGUCUUUGGGAGUUUUCACUUCGAGCCGGCCUUUUUCGACCGGUGCAGGUCGGCCCGAGCCUCCGUCGAUCCGGCGAGGAGCCGAAAGCGAAGGAUCGGGGGGGAAUCGACCGAACGCAGCAGCAGCAGCAGCAACAAAAACGACGACGACGAGCGUUGGACCGUCCGGAUCGCCAUGAAGGCACUGGCCCCCGUCGUCCGGCAGCGGAGGGACGUCCUGGACCUGCGCGUUUCCACCUCGGGGGACCACCUGGCCUUUGGGUUCCGGCUGCAAAAGACCAGCGGGUCGGUCGUCUCCGUGUCCCACAGGGUCGGCUACGCGCCCGCAAAGGGGGUCGCCGCCGUGGCGGACACGGAGGGGGCCUCGGAGCUCGUCGUCCAGCCGGCGGUCCUGGCCACCAUGCUGGAGCCGCUCAAGCGGUCGGCCGAGAUCGCCCUGCUGGUCAGCGAGACCCACCGGCUGGUCUCGGGCGUGUCCUUUGCCCACGACGAUCUCCCCGAGGGAUCCUCCCCGUCCCCUUCCGCUCCCGGCCGGGGACGCGAUCCCUCGAACGCCCCGCUCAAGACCGAAACGAGCGUCGGCUACGACGACCUGGUGGAGGUCCACUACGCCGGGAGGCCGGGGGCCGGCCGGGGGAUCCUGGAUUCGACCGGGAUCGAGCCUCCGGGGGACCUCCACGAGCGGGUCGUUCUGGUCUUCACCCUCAAGGAGUUCAAGGCCUUUCUGCAGUAUUGCUCGCAGGCCGUUCCGGACCGGGAGCUCCGGACGUCGAUCCAGUUCUUCUGGGGCGGGAGGCCCAUCGUCGCCAACACCAAGGGGGACCAGUUCAGCGCCGAACUGGUCACGGCGACCCUGGACCACAGGCUCCUGGGGACCAUGAAAACGUCCGCAACCAGCACCGAAGCGGGGCGCUGAGGCCUCUUUUUCUCGUCUCCUCUCGGUCGGUUCCCUUUUUGCGGUGCUUGGUGGAGAUUUUUUGGAUGGGUAGCAGCGACGCUCCGGCAUUCGCAGCUGCUGGACGGGCAUCGGUCGAACUGCGAGUGCCGCUGCUCUCUCGCACCGGAGCUGGAAACAAGGUUGUUGUGAACGGGAGAGCUAGCGGGGAUGGGGACGAGGUCGUCGUCGAAACUGUUGAAGUAUCCGAGGACGUGCUGGCAUGUUUUCUAGGGAGGAGGGACGGUGUCGGGUUCACGGGCAAGCUACUGACAACGAACCACGGACCAACAACUCAAAGGAAGAAUGAGGUUGACAUGGUCUUCUCUGUGUGAGUGAUCUACUACUACUACUAUUAAGUAUUGGUACUGUUUGCUACAAGCAAGUACUUCUACUGAUUAUGGAUCGUCAGUUGAAAACUAUGACGGGCAUUUUCAUUCU